AUGGCGGAGCUGAUGAAGAUAGAAACUCAAGUUGAACUGUUCAUAGAGGAAAUCCUCCACCGACACAAGUGAGUGUCCUUUGAAAAGAUUACUACCUCUUAACUGGACCGAAAGACCGUCUUUGACCAAUAAUGAAGAGUUUGACAGUCAACACAAAACCAUUAACGUUGAGAUUAUUAAGGCUAACGCUAGCAACACGGUUUGAUAAUUGACCAAACACCUGAGUGGCGUCGAAUCAACUUGAAUGGUUUCUACUUACCAUUGCUGUUACGGCGUUUACAGUUUUCAAAUCUAUAGAGAUAUAAAUAUUAUUUUCAACUUAAUGGUUUUCAAUAUACAACCUACACUUUAAGAACAAAUCACUGAAGAGUCUGCUUUGCUAUUUGGUGUGUUUGUGUCGCCCAGCCAAGCCGAGGAGAACAGGAAGAGGGAGAACCAGGCCGCAAUCCGGAUUCAGAGCUGGUUCAGAGCCUGCAGGGUGCGAGCUUACCUCAGGUAUGACAUCUUCACCAGCCAUCCAUGACAUAAUGAACAUCUGGGCAAUCCAACAGCUGCUGUACCAUAUAUUCUGCUAUUACCAAGCUUCUACAACAUAAUCAGAGCGGUGAUAAUCAUAUUUCUAUAUUUUAUUAAUAAUGGCAUCAGGCAGGUGUUGGUGUACUGGGGUGUUUUAUAACAGUGGUUCUCAAUUGGUGGGUCCCGACCCAAAAGUGGGUCAUAGACAAGUUCUGGAUUGGUCGUGAUGAGCUGGUGAAAAAAGUCUUUCAUUUUGAAAAGGCACACGCUAUGUCUUGACCCUCCUCUGUUUCUUAUUAAUGUGGCCUGAUGUAGUAAAAUACAUGUUUUUUUCGUGUUAUUUUGUGCAAUUUGAUAUUUAUUCACUUUUGUCCAUGCUGUUACAUGGUCCUCCUCAGGUUCUUCUGAAUAUCCUCUGAAUGCAGAGAUGCAUAUAUGUCAAAUUUUUCAUUUUGCUGGUCUCCAUUUUGUGCAAUUGGAUAUUUGAUAUUUUCUGUAUAUGCAACUUUAGUAGUUGUCGUCCUCAGUUCAUGUGUCUAAAGUGCACCUUACUCAAUAAAAUGGUUGAAGAUUUGAGUCUUUAAAGGUUUUUUUAUAUACAUAAAAUAAAUGUGCUUGGUUUGAAUUCUAUAAAAGUGGGUCGUGACCUAAGGACUGUAAGGAAUAUUUGGGUCCCAGAGUGAGACCGGUUGAGAACCACUGUGUUAUAAGAUAAAUAGGUGUGCACUUCAUUCACAAACAUGAGGGGAGAAAAAUGUAAGGGCCACCUUUCAAUAUGAUACACCACCUACACCCACUAGAACGUCAACAAUUAUCAUCUGUCUGACCAUGUCAACAAAACUGAAAAUGCAGAAGCUUUGUAAAAGUAGAAUUAAUGGUAGUAGGACAUGCACUGGUUGUAUCAUAUUUGUUUCAUUUAUUUGAGCCUGCAAACAAGGAAAAUGGUGUCUUAAAAUAUCUUUCACAAGCUAAAGGCAAAAUAAUAAAAGCCUUAAUAUUUUAUCUACCCGUUUGAGGUUUGCCUUUUACCUUCAGGGGUUGAAAAACAUCCAGGCAGGUCUCUGAAGAGUUAAUUUCAAGGGAAACCCUGAUACCACCUCACUCUCAUAAUUAUCCCACUUCUAGAGCUUUGCAAAUGGCCUUGAGGAAUAAAUGUCGCUUGCACUCUGUACUUCUUUCACACACACAGAAAUGGAUGUCUCUAUCUCUGUGCUUUUUUUCCUGUACUGUGACCCCAGCACCAUUCUGCAGGGUCAGCAGACAAACUUCCAGACAGUAGGUUAAUUCAGAUUACUUUAGUUAAUUGAUCAAUGCGUUAAGUGGAUAAUUAGCAACAAUUUUAGCUGCCUAAGUGCAACUCCGGGGUUGUGCUUUCCCCACUAUAAGCAUUGAUUUUCUGGGCAUAUGAAUGGCCUUUUGGAAAUUGAUGGCCUCGUUGGAGGCAGAGAAUCGUGGUGGACUUGCAUUUAGAGUAUGUUAGAAGAUGAAUACAAAUGUGUGCCGCCUACUAAAGGAGGUGAAAGGCUCAUCAGACAUGAUCGAGAAGCCUGGAGCAGCAGAAAUGUUCUGUGUGCGUGUGUGUGUGUGUGUGUAAUAAGAGUGUUUCUUUUUUAAGCAUAAUGUUUCUGUGACCUUUUGAUCGAAGUCUUUUACAACCAAACAUUUGUAUGCAAAAAACAAAACCAGUAAUUUCAUCCUUUUAUACUUGAAUGUUUAAAAAUUUGACAUGUUGUCUUGAAAUUGCAUUAAAUUAAAGGGGGAUGUCUUUUUAAAUAAGUUGCAUUUCCUUUUUUUCAUCUGAGUUAAUUCUUUUCCAGUUUGGUAUUUUAUUUGUUGUUCUUUUUUUAGAUUUUUUUUUCUCAUUUUACUCUCUUGGAUCAUCUGCAACCUCUGAAUCACAAUAACUUUUUUUUCUGUGUUUUUCUUUUUUUCAACAACUGAGAGUACGAAAUCUUUUUUUUCAGCCAUCUGCACAAGAAGGCAGUCAUUAUCCAGAAGAUAUGGCGGGGCUUCACAGCAAGGGCACGUUUCAGACAAAUGGUAAAGGUAAGCCAGCGCCUGGAAUGGCUAUAGAUAUAUUGAUUAUGUUAUGAUAGCAUGCAUUAGAAUUCAAUUGCUAUAUUCCUAAGUCCUGUGUCUGACCUUAAGAGAUAUAAUUCACUCAUUACACAUCGGGAAAUUAGCACUUAGGAAAUAUGAUGCAAUAUGAUAAGGAAUUCCAUCUAUAUCUCAACUCCUGAGAUGGAUAUAGGAAGAGUGAGGAGAGGAAUAGAGAGAAGGAAAGAGUUGUAGAGUUUGUGUGUACAGUGUGAGUGUGAGUGUGUGUGUGUAUGUGUGUGCUUUUGUAAAACAAGGCUCCAUUUUCAGCAUAUUGCCUCCAACUGCUUCUUAAUUGAACAGAUUGUUGAUACCGGAUCCAAUACCCAGCGCUCUCACGUAUAAUUUUCCCCUGGAUUGAGUUUUGUAAACGUAUCACAACAAGCUAUUUAUCAUGCCUGUAAAUUGACUGUUUGCUAAAGCAUAACUGCCAGCCGCCGUUUGGGAGACGUUCAAGAAAUGGAAUAGGGGGGUUGGGUGGCUGGGGUGGUGUUGAGGGGAGUUGAAAUAAACGAUGAAGGAUGUGUCACAACACACAUUUGGGCUAAAAAGAGGCUGUUUGCUCUCAUUUGGAAACAGACGAGCACUAAUUUGAAUCACUCAAAAUUGCCACUGUGCACUCUUUUGAAUUAGCCCACAGAGAUUCUCUUCUUCUUCUUCUCUCCUCUCUCUCUUUCUCUCUCUCUCUCUCUUUCUCUGCCUUUACUCUCUCACUCUCGCAGACCUUAUCAUGUGAAAUGUGACAUGCACAAAGCCUCAUCUCAAAGCAUCAAGCUGAAUUUACAACCUCCUUUCAAGUCUUUGUCUUCCUUCCCCUUCCUGUGCUCCCUCUCUUCCCUGUCGUUAUUAAAAAAGACGUGUUGAGAUAUGAAUCCCUUUUAUGACCGACUCUCCAGUUCGCUCCUGAAAUGUGCCCCCAGUGGUCGGCAGAAGCGUUAGGUGUGUGACGGCUCGUCGAGUGCGCCGCUGAAUAUUCUCUGGCCUUUUGUUUGUCACUGCUGGCAGUGCUGUCAUUGAUUAUGAAAUCCAGAGGAGAGCGUUUGGCCGUCAUACAUCUCCAUUAGCUCGCUGCUUGACUACCAUAGAUUUUCUUGGCCCUUGUCUGCGUUGGUGUAUUAAGAGACUCCCGUCCUCCCCUUGAUACAAAGUCCCGCUAUCCACCCUCUCUCUCUUUCUUUCCCUCUCUUUCUCUCUCUCUCCCUCCAUCCUCCUGACUUUUUUUCCUCUUCUUUUCUCUCUUGCCUUUCCUAUCUUCUCUUUCUGCCUCCCUCCCUCCCUCCCCUCUACAGUGGCCCUAUCUGCACUGCCUCUGUGCAAUGUAUUAUGUAUAAAGAGCUCUUUAUCUUUGACGCCUGCUGUGGACAGAUCAGAGGGCCGGGAGACAAGAUGUAACGGCAUCUUUUCCUUUGUGUUCACAGGAGGCAUAUUUUAUCAUGAAGAUGAAUUUCUACGAGGAGAUGGCGGUCAGGGUAAAUAUCACCACAGUGUCUUGUUUUAGUAAAUGGAGUGUCGUGGUGGGGGGACUCUCUUUUUCUCUGUGUGUGCUGUGAAUAGGAGGCCCCAUGAAAAGCAGCCUGUAAGCUCUUAAUCACACCACCGCAUUGCAAAAAUGGUCAAUUGUAAUCUGACGUUUAAAUGUAUGUUAUAUACAUACUGUAUAUUUGCACAUUUUCCCUUUUUUUACAAAGACUUUUCUCAAGUUUUAACACAUCACACUGUUGUGAACCAUAUGCAUUGACGUCACUGUUCUUUUUUUCAUGAGCUGACCUUAAACUUCAUUUCACUACAUUUCUUGGUUAAAGGCCUUCUGAAAAGAGAAUGCCUUCAGAAGCUCUGCUUUAGGCCAAACUGCAGACUGUAUCUCUGAUUGAGCAAAAUUAAUUGAGUUGCUUUUUUAAAAAUGAUUUUCCUUGGUGCUAAUGCCACUUAAAUACUCCUUUUAUUCCCCCUACAGCUACUUCUGGUCAACCUAUAAAUCAUGCUAUUCUUGCUGUGACUGAUGCUUUGGCACUUUUACACAAGGAUAUUGCACAGAAACCUUAUAUAUUUAUAAUUCCAUAAAGCCUACUCUUUUGGCUAACAGUUUCCCUCUGCCUCGGCCAUUAAAGGGUUUUAUUGGCCCCUUAAAAAAUCCACCAGUGUUUAUGGAAGAGGCUGUGUCGCUGUCCAGGCUAAGAAAGACGGUUACAAUAUUUUCAUAUUGGUUGAAAAGCCUGGAAAUUGAGAGCUUCAAGUUUUACACUUAAUAGAAACCCAAACAUAAAAAUCUGACCACCCAGUUGCUUCAGUAAAUGUCACAUGAUAGGAUAGACAUAGAUCUUGGAGUUAGUGUUUGACCCAGCUGCUUAAGGUCAGUGGGUGAAGAGGCUAAAGGUGAAGUCACUAUAUAGAGCUCAGCAGAAGCCUCUGAAGUUAUAGAAAAGAGGCCUUUUACAGCCCAUCGAGGAAGCAAUAGGAAUUUUAAUGGAAGAAAUGGAUGUGAAAAGAGAGGCAAAGUGGCUCAUAGUGAGGAAAUUCAGAAGCUGCUGAGUUUAAAUCCAAAUGGAAGUCUUUGUGCAGGUUUGGCAUUUUAUUUUGUGUGGUUUUCUUAGUUUAUUCUUCUUAGACUUUCUUCAAAAACACCAGUAAAAUAUAGAGUUCUUAAAAACACCAUCUUCAACACUCUAAACCAAUUUUUUUAUUUUUUUAUUUUUUUUUUAUUUGGUCAUUAGUAUCUUGUCUUUGAGCGCUGUACUAUGUGUGCAAGCUAAUCCAAAAUUAACAACAGUUUUGUGUUACUCAAAAACUCAAAAGGUUUAAAGAUAUUAUAUUAAAAAAAUAAGGUGUUAAAGGAAUGAAAGCAGAACCUGGACCAUUUUGUGAUGUCUUCUGUUCUAAAGAAAGACUAUUUUUUACAGACUUGACACUUAAAGGCACACUUUGAUGUAUUCUGUGUUGCCUUAUUUUUACAAAUUGCUAGCUAGACUGUGAGAACUGUUGUAUAUCGUGAAGGUAUUUUUCUGAUAUUUGGCUUUUGGGAAUAACAGAUUAAUAUUUCUUGUUCAUGCACGCAACUAAAAUGUAUUGGAAGAGUGACCCAAGUUUAAAGCGUGUAAGUGAAGGUCAUCUGUACUUAGAGACCAUCUGUAAUCAAAGCAACAUUUGGUGCAUGAGGAAAAAAAAGAAACGGAGGGAAAGAGAAAAAGGAGUCACAAAGGGAGAAACAAUAAUCUCAGAAUCCCCUUGUGACACUUUCUUUGAAUCAAUUUUGAUUUUUUCUUUUUUUCUCUCCCCUCCUGUUGUCUUUAUCACAGCGUGGGAGCUAACAGAGGAUAAUGUAUUAGAGUCGUAAUAGAAACCAGUGUUUACAUGCCGCACCUCGGAUUUGUAUUAGAUUCAACAGCAUCGAUUUCACUGGUCAACAAAGGUCAGCAAGAACUUGGGAGGCGGCAAUUACUUUAUUUAAAAUUAUCUAUUGACUGGCAGAUCAAUGCUAAUUCUCAUUUUGCUCUUUGUUGUUUUUCCCCAUCCUCCACUUCUCCUCUUCUCUCCUCUCCCCUCUUCUCAUAGUGUGAUUAUUCUUUUACCUGCCAUCGUUUUAAUCUCCUAAUUAGUCUGAAGGACAUCCGCCCCCUUGCUUUAAAACGGCCCAAUGGCAUGAGUGUGUGUGUGUGUGUGUAUGUGUGUGUGUGUGUGUGUGCUUCAUAAUCUGCAGCCUUGACAAUCAGUGUGGACUGAUACAGUUAAACAAAUGGGUCUGUGACAGCUGUCUGCCCCUUCCCCUUUGGCACUGAAAAAAUGCCGGCAUAGUCAUUCAUGGUGUUAAAUAGUUCUCCUAUACAGUGUGUUGAAGUGAUAUUAUAUAUUUACAUUCUUAAUGUCCUCUGCAAAUAAAAGAAAUGUAGACUGUAUCUAGACAGCAAGUACAAAGAAAAGAGAGAAUUUCUCUGUCCUUCUGAUUUAGUGUGAUACUUGCAAUUUGUUAGACAUUGCCUGCCAUGAUGGCAAAAGGAAAUCUGAAAAGCAAAGCCUAAUACAACAUCAACACUGCCGUGACAUGCUCUUGUUUGCAUGAUGAAAUCAUUUGGACUUGAGUCUUAAGAAAUCCUGUGUGUGCUUCAAUCCCUAGAUCCAGCGGAGAUGGAGAGGAUUCUUUGUGAGGAAGUAUACUCAUAAUUUCUACGCACGCAAGCGCUACCUGAGAGGGGUUCUCGUGAACAAUGAAUUUGUCAGGUAAAAUAAUCCAAAAGUGUGACAAAAUAGUGCUGAAUUUGGUGAAACAAAGGAGAGGGCAGUUUUAUAUAGAUGACUUAGCGUUUACUUUUCCUUUUAUCAUUUAACUUUGUUGGUUAGGUCUAUUGUGUCAUUCAUUUUCUCUGUCAUAUGGUGCAUAUAGCAAUAUUCUUUACAUGCCACUACAACUAGCAUAAUGCAAAAACAAACAAACAAACAAACAAACAACAACAGCAAAAAAACAGUUAUCUCAGUUGACAUGUAAUAGAUAGAUAUGCUUUACAAACAGUUACAAUGGACAUUAUGUGAUAAAACACAAAAAACUAGGUCAAAGUUGAUGGAAAUUAAUUAAUUUGAUUGGUGUAAAGACAGUUGCUGAAAAGGUGAACUUGUGUGCCCAUUACUGUUAAAUAUACCUAUGUAUGUGUGUUUGUGUGUUUGCAUAUGAGAGAGAGAGCGAGAGAGAGAAAGAAAGGUGUUGGUGAGAUUCAGCAUCUGCGGUUAUUACCUCAGAGGAGGUAAAGAGAGAAAGAGGGGGAGGAAAGGAGAAGUGAAAGAAUGAAAGAUAAAGAUAGAGAGACAAAAAAAGAGAGAGGGAAGAUGAGAGUCCCCCCUAAAGUGCUCAGGGCUAAGAGAGAGAGAGCGAGUGGGAGAGAGAGAAGUGAACGAUGUGAAGAAAUUAAAAAUUAGCCUCUGAUUUGAACCGCAGCUUGUGCAUUAAUAAAACAUCCUGUGCUCCAGGGCUUCCUGCUAGAGAUAUGCUAUCUUUUAUUUUUGACAAAAAAAAAAAAAAAAACUCCAUCACAUUUAGCUAAUAGUCACAUUUUUAAUGUUGCUAAUAUAUUUUACAAGAAAAUAUCUUUAGGCUUCUGCUAAAAUUAAAUGUAAAUUUGUUAAAGUGCUCCUUGGAUCACUGGCUCCCCCCCCUCACAUCCCCACCAGCGUUGCACCUUUCCUCCACACCCUGUGCCCCUGUUAGAGGCGGGGGGGAGGCUCGGCUGUAAAAGUCCAUUAAGACAGUGUUGUCAUUUUGUUAUUACAGCCGAAAGAGUCAGAUGUGCAGUACAAACACGCAUAAAAAGAGACACAACUUUGCCAGGUGUUUUGGUAUUGAGAUUCAAGAUACAAAACUAUUCAAAUUGCACUUUUUUCCCCUCUCUUUCUUGUCUAACAGAGGACACAAUCACAGCUCGUAUCUUUAAAAUGUUUAGGAAAAAAUUAUUAAAAUUUUUUAUUUAAAUUAAAAAAAAAAAAACUUGGAGUGAGUAUUUAAAGAAGUUAUGCUGCUGAUCUGGUGUUCAUGUUUAUUAAAUUUUAGUUAGGAUUCGACCUAAAUUCUUUCCUACACUUUGUUAAAUUGUUAUUUAUUACUCUACAACCAUUUUCAUACCUCUUAUACCUUGUACCUCCUCUUCUAUAAAAUAGCAUUUUUUUAAGGCCUCGCUUAACAAAUAGGUAUUAAUUAUAGCUAAUUUGAUACGUUAACCUUUUUGUUAUUAAUAAUAUGUUUCUGUAAAAUGAAGAGUAAACUAUUGUUUAAAAAAAUACUCAAAGAAGCACAUAAUAUAAUGAUAUCCCACAGGUUCGGUUUGUAGGUUGUUUUGUUAUCAGCUCUUUGACAGCCUCAGUCUCCUCCUCACACUCUCGCACAGCCCCUCCUCCUCUGCAGUUUAGGGUGUUGAGGUCACUUUCUCUCCAGUUAAUCACAUGUUUAUUUAGUGCUGCAGGGAUCAUGAUCAAUUAACGCCAUGCCGGCAUUUAUUUAAAAUAUCCUUUCUGUGUUAGCUACCAAGCCCUCGGACCGCUCACUGCCUGAUCACUCACCCCGUAAAGGUCCACUUUUAAUCCACCUGCUCCCUCCCUCUUGUAGAUCUGUCUGUCCGUUUAACCUGCUGCAUAAAUUAUUCAAAGUUAGACUAAUGGUCCCCAUUUAGUGCAGGCUGAUCGGCUGUGCACAGUAAUGAUAUAGGAGUAAAACAUAGACUGCCGAAGCUCUCUCCCUCGCUCUUCUCUCUCUCUUUCUCUGACUCUCUUUUAGUCUCUCUCUGAUGACAGAUCUUCCCAUCUGUGUCAUUUCAUUAGGUACAGCAUACAGCUAAUACACACUACUUACACUCCCCUCUGAUAUCUUCUGGCCUCACUUUGCCUUCCUCCUGCUUUUCUCCUCUUCUUUCCUUCGAUUUCUAUUUUGUCCAUAUGCUUCUCUCUCCCUGUCAGCCGUUUACUGAGCUUCUGCAUCCGUCCUCAUUCAUCCUUCCUCUCCUUCUGCAUACCCUAAUGAAGUCAGGACCCCGGUGCAGUCCCCACUCUGCCACAGUUUUCCUUGGUACCCCAACAAUUUAUCACUUUGUCAGGGAGACACUUAAAGUUCCUGGGCUUUAAUAAGGGCAUGCAGUGGGACGAUGGGAGCAAUUAGGAAAGCGGAGCAAGCCCGCUUUGCAUAUUUACUAAAUGUGCUUGUGUCAUCGCUGCCGCCACCAACACGGCCUGUUGACUGCAUGAAUAAUUCCUCUAUCUGCAGUAAACAGCUGGGUAAUUAUUACUGCCAUAAUCAGAUAAAUAAUUCUCCCUGUGAUGUUGCAACGGCAUGGAAGAACCUUUUUAACUUCUCCGAAAGAGAACAAGGAAGAAUUUAUGGACUCGGUGCUGCUAGGCUGAGCAGCAAAAAGUGAUGCUGUGCUGUCUCUCUUCCUCUCUCUGCUCUCUUUUUUUUUCCUGUCUCUCUCUACUCCAGCCUUCUUCAUUCCUCCCUCUUUUGUGUCCCUCUCAAGGACAUUCAUGAAAGGAGAGCUGCUACGCUGGAGAGAGAGCGGGAAUGCCUGCAAGCCUGCCCUGCGAUCACUCUCCGCUUCUAUGCGUCAGUCUUUCUUUUGCUUCUCUCUCUUUCUGAUCCAGUUUGGUGGGAGACAAGUUCACUUCUGCCGUCUGAUUGGAUUUCCUUUUCUCUCUGUGUGUGAAUGUGCGUGUGUGUUUGCAUGUGUGUGUUGAAAUAAAGCUGCAGUGCUCUCUUCCUCUUGAAGAAAUAACUUUUGGAGAGUUAAAUAAUGAAGAAAAUAUGUAGAAUGUUGUAAGUUGUUUGGUUUUUCUCUUUUUAAAGUAUGAAGAAUUUCAUUAUUUGCUUCACACUUGUUCAUACCAUCUCUUGAACUUGUUCAGUGAAUGAAUAAAUCAAUCAGUCAAGUCUCUUAUAAGGGUGUUGAAGGCUCAAUACAUUGAGUCGGUCACUGGCUAAAUUGACCGACUGACUACCCCCUCCUUGCCAGCUAUUGAAUCAUUUAAUUGGAGCAAUUAAAACAGCCAAUCAGGUCAAGCCUCCAUUAAAUAUUUAGAGCCUGGCCAAUUAGCUGCUCUGGUGUUGGCCUGGAAGACCGCAGGUGUGGCCUGCUGUCCCACAAUGCCUCCCUCUCUAAUAUCCCAUCAUCAUGUUAUGCCCUAUGGUGAACCGGGGGGUAAAUAAUUGAGGGAGAAGUAGGAAAUUUAACUGUUCUAUAUUAGCCAUUUAAAUAAGUUAACAGUAUGAGGUGAAAAUGUCACUCAGAGUUUCUUUAAGUAGUUCACGAAUGCUUGGUUAACUUGUCCUUUAUUGCUUCUGCAGUCAUAGAAUCAAUACAAAGCAUGUGAUUUUAGUAUGUCUGACCAUGCAAGUAUAAUAAAUUAUAUAAUUAUAAAACAGUCAUUUGUAAAGCAAACUGUCUGAGUAAUCCAAAUAUCAAAUGAGAAUUCGAAUAGGAUGAAAUACUGUACAUUAUAAUACGAAUGUAGUAGCAUUAUAAAGCACAUUCGUAGUAAUACCCUCACCUUGUCUUAAAAUAGCAUGACCUUCAAGUAGAAUUAUGUAUAAGCUCUAAAUAUAUUUUCAUUGACCAGAACACAUUAAAAAUAGGGUUAAGUGUAAUCAGCUGCUCAUAUAUACACUGGAACAGAUUUUGCUUACCUUAAUCAUUCCUUCAGUCUAUACCGGCCAUGAAGUGAUCACCGUCUAAUGCGUCUUCCAUGUAAAAGAUUGGGAAGUUUUCAUACCUAUGAAAAAUGUAACACAUUCCCUCUCGCUCUUUGUGUGCCCUCUUGAUUCAUCUAAAAUGUUUUCCAUCAAACUGUAACUCAAAGGUGGUCAAUGCAUCACAAGCAUUAAACUUUUGAUUAAAAUGUUUUGUAUUAUUAGAAUAAAGUCUUUUUUAAAAUAAGCUUUCCAAAAUAAGUUUAUAUAGACUUACAUUCAAGUUCUGCUUUCUGCCACAAGAAAAGCAAGUCAGCAUUUGGACCAGCUUAUGUUUGACACUCUCAGUUUACAGAUCAUCGUAGUUAGGGGAAGAGAAAACCUGCGUUUCUGCUUCAAAGGUGUUAACGUUCAUGUUUUUUGUAACCGAAAAGCAGGCUUUUGUUUCACUCUACUUUCUUGCUUUUCUUAUUGUCUAGCUUUCUCUCUUGCUUUCUUUCACUUUCACUCAGUCAAACACACACACACGCACGGGGCAAGUGCUGCGUGCCGAACAGGGCUAAUGAGGGUUGUAUGUUGUGGCGGCUGGGUGGGUCGACACAGAUCGAGGUGCCUUCAGCCGUUACAAAUCUGUUUGGCUUUUGUCCACUACACAGCAAUUAAUAACACUGGGGCUGGGGGCAGGGAAGCAAAGGUCACCCAUUCAGCCUGACACACACACACACACACACACACACACACACACACACACACACACACACACACACUCACACACACAUAUACACAUCCAAACACACUUUCUUGCACACAUACGCUUUUAGACACAUAGUGAAAUUUGUGAACACAGUAUCAUCACUAAUACACAGAUAUACACACACACACAUUGACACAGUUUCACUCUUGGCACAGACACACAGUUAGAAAUAUAGGAACAGGUCCUGACCUCCUGAAACAUAUAAACCGUUUUUAAGGCUGUAUUAAUGCACGAAUGAACAGAAAUGCACACAUGUACUAUAAACACAGCACAUGCACAAAUCAGUUUGUGAACCAAACUGUCCCACAAUAAACUAAAACUUUAUAUUUUACAUUAAUAAGUAAUAUCCCCUUUAGCCAGCUGGACAAAUAGGGGCCAAGCAACCUCUAUAUUUACAUACAUAUGCACAAUCCUAAAUUACUCUGCUAAAUAUUACAUAGACACACCUUUACAGGCAUUUACACUUUCUCUCUUUCUCACCACACAAACACACACACAUCGACACACACAGAGUCUUCUGCAUAUUUCAUUUAUUUUGUAAUUUAAUGUGGCGCAGAGGAAGGAAUGAGAAUGCAAAGGCAAUGGGAGCGGGUGUUGUGAUUUCUUUUUAAAUGUCAGUAGCUGCCGAAUGUGUUAACCUCACAUUAUGGACACACUAUGAAUAUUCCGAUUCCUCUGUGGAGACUUGUAAUUGAAAACAGAAGUUGGGUAGAGAAGAAGGCAGUGGGAAAGUAGGAAAGAAAAGAGGAGAGAUUAAAAAACGAGAAAGCAAAGGGCUGUUGAUGAGGUAUAGCUUUGCUCCUAGCUGUGUGUGUGUGUAUGUGUGUGUGUUUGCAUUUUCCCAUUACCAUUGCAUGCGUGUUUUAGUAAUUGUUUCCACUUCCCUUUUUAAGUUAUUACCCCCUUGUAACAAUAAGGCUGUGUGAUUGCAGAAUGAAAUUGCUGUGUAUGGGCUUUUAAUGCAUCCCAUUUAGCCAGCUCCGCUUAACAGAUGUCACAGACGGACCUGUCCUGACUGCGGUGAUGAAAUAUAUCCAUCAUCCUCCCACUUAGAGCCUCUUGUGCUCUAACUAGGCUUUUUUCUGUUCAGGCCGUCUAGCUCUCUUGUUUUUUUUUCCCUCACAGUUUCUCUGUCCUUUUUCUUUUGAUUUGUGAGGCAGUGUUGUUUUCACCUACCCAAAAAGGACUUCAGGUGACAUCUGACUUGACAACACGACAAAAACAUACGAACACUGAGUGAAUAUUCUGUACAGAUUUGUUUUGUAAAUGGAAAAGUCUUUGAUAUGAUAUGUAACAGGAUAACAUUAUGUUUAGCUUUAAAAGACCGCAGAGUAAAUUCUUAUUUCAUUCUAAUUUCUCAAAUAUAAAUAAGAAAAGUUAACCCCUGAUUUGUUUUUAGGGCUUUUGUAUAACGCUUAGCAAAAUUACAUUUAUAAUCUAUGAGGAGAUGUACAAAAAGUAUGUAUGCACUCCCUACUUUACGGUUUCAGUGUAGGUGUAUCUACCAGAUUUAUUUUUUAACAAUGAUCCCUGCCUAACAUGUACAACCCCAACUCCAAAAAAAGUUAAGACGCUGUGUAAGUUGUUGAUUAAAAAAAAAUGUUGAUGGUCUACAAAUCGUUUAAACCCUGCAUUUAAUUGAAAAUAGUGCAAACCCAUGUUAAAAUUGAAUACGGCUAUAAUUUUAUGACAAUAUUUGCAUAUUUCUGAAGGUACAGUGCACAGAAAGGGGAAUAUUUUUGAAUAUCAUGUGAUUAGAUUCCAGGUUAAAAAUUCUCCAACUCACCCCUCUCUACAGUUAGAGGACUGUAGCUUAUGAGGACAGAAAAACUGUCUUCUUCUUCUUCGUCGUCAAAUUGGUGUAAUUUGCAGUAGCAGUAGUUCAGGAGGUAGAGCGGUCGUCCAAUAACCAGAAGGUUGGCGGUUCGAUUCCCCCCUAAUCCAAGUCUGUCCGUUGUGUCCUUGGGCAAGACACUUAACCCACCUUGCUCCCAGUGUGUGUCCUCCACUGGUGUAUGAUUGUGAGUGUUGUGUGGUGGUGGUCGGAGAGGCCGUAGGCGCAGAAUGGCAGCCACGUUUCCACCACCACCAAAGUGUGACUGUGUGAGCGAAUGAAUGAUGUAUCCAAUGUAAAGCGCUUUGAGGGUCUCUGAUAAAGCGCUAUAUGAAAUCUGAUGCAUUUUUUUUUUUUUUAUUUAUUUUUUUUAUUUGUGUGGCCUCUUGCUAACUAAAAUCUGGAAUGUUUUAAUUCUGUUCAUUCUGUGCCAGGGUAGAAACAUGGUGGUCCCAUGUCAAAUGGCGCCCUCUGUGGAAGGAGACCUGUCACUUUGUAGAUAUAAAAGGCACUGACAACUCACCGGGUUGUCCCUUUCCUCUUUUGAGCCCAGGAUGCGGUGUCCAUGAUGUCCAAAAAGAGACCAUAGGACAAUUUUAACCUCAACCUUAUUCCAUGCUGAAUGUGUGUUUGGGUCUCCAGAAGACACUAAUGUUUCUGGAUCAUGUUCAUGGUAUCCUCUUGUCAUGGUACAGUUUUGACAUGGAUACAGCAGCAAACUGUGUUCACAGACAGAAUUAUUUGGUAGUGAUUUUGAGCCCAUACUGGGAUUUCCACUACAGUCAUGUUUUGUUUUGUCAUACCACAUCUUACUCAACUUUUUAAGAACUGAAGUUGUAGAUUGGAGUUUUCAUUUACACACAAUAUUUUUGUAUGGUGUUUGUGUCCUGCAGGAGGGACCUGGAUGAGCUUGAAGAACUCCAGAGGAGAGAGAAAAACUGUCUAGAACUUGUGAAAGAGCAGACAGCCAAGGUCUACCUGGCUCACCGGUCACACCACCUCCUCAGUACAAAGCAGGUCAGUCUACACAAACACAUGUUCAAUUUUGCAAAUUCUACAUAGGUAUUCUGAUCAUAAGACCCGCAUCUGACUGUAAAAAACAAUUACUGCUGAGUGUAAACCACAGUUAAUAAGACCGCAUAAAAUAGUCCAGACAAAACUGUUCGUAUAAGCAUUCAUACAACUGCAAGCCUUCAUUCAAAACAACUUUUGGUUGAAUCACUCAGCAACGUCAUGUUGAGCACAUAAAAAACAAUCCCCGAGCCAUGACUGAAAUCAGCAUCAUAUGACAGGACCUUGCAUAAUGUUGGAGUGAGUGUCAAAACAAAUAAGGGUAGCGGCACCAUGUUGAUGCUUUCAGCUUGCAGUGCUGUGCAAUCAGGCUCCAGUGUAAAGCAGUCAGCAGAGGGAGGGUAUGAAGAAGUGGACAGUCAGUAGUGAUAUGGUAGACAAGAUGAGGUUUUUGACUCAAUUAAAAAUUCUGCUGCUGGAACCAUUACUGCAUAAAAUUAUCCAAAUAUUUAGUAGAAACUACAUUGAAAUGAUUAUUGUUGUCUGUGUAAUUCUAUAAGUUUGAAUUUUAGCCUUUAUAAUCACUGUAAUAAUGAUAUCAAUGAUCCCAUUGAUAUUUCUGAAUUUUUAUUGUAAUAUUAGUGUGUUAUUCUGUACAGGGAAAGGUUGAUAUAAACUCCCACACUUCACAGUAAACCAUUAACUGCAUUAGUUGGAGAGAAAGGCUGAAAAAAAACACGAUAUUUGGGAAAAACUUUUACAUUUGUGGUGACGGGUCUACUUGAAGUACAAAUUGCAUGCCACAAGUGUUGAGGCUCAUAUCUCAAAUCAACGGUCCAUUUUUCUUCCUGUUUCUGACUCCAGCCAUGGUCCUCUUCAAAAAGACUCAAAGGUUUAAAAAAUUAUUCUGUAACAAACCUUAAAUCAGCAUAAAUAUUCAGAGGUUUUAUUUAUACAUAUAUUUACAGAAAACCAAGUAAUUAUUUAAAUUAGGUCUUCAUUUGUGUGCAAUUGUAGUCAUCACAUUCACUAAUGCACAGCAGGUGAACAAAGACCACAAACAAUGUUUAACUCUAAAUAGAAAUGGUAACUUUCUGGUUGGAUGUAACUAAUCCAGUGUCACUAUGUCUGUCUCAAAUAUGACAAGACUCACUGGAAACUUUGUCCUGAGAAAGUUAACACAAUUAUACUUUCUUAAUGUACAUAACAAAUGCAAAGGCUUUGUCAGGACUUGGAUUAGCAAAGAGACAGUCACUGAGUAGUAGUUCCCUACAGAGAGCAGAAAAGAAAGUCUUCCUUUGUUAGCCCAGGUGGGCUAGGCUCUCUGAUACUGUGUGUGUGUGUGUAUGUGCACACACAAGUAAGUAAGUGUCCUCAAGGCUCUACUGAUGUGCUGAGUGGAGUAUUUUAGUGCUUCCCCUGGCACAGGUGUUCAUGCAUGUGUGUGUGUAUGAGAGAGAGUCUGAGUGGGUGUGUGGCAUCCAAGCAUCUCUGUGACUCCCCACUGGGAUCAUAAUGAAGACAAAGUGCACUGGUCACUGUUGAUUCAGCACCACCAGACCCCUUUCUUUCUCUUUCUCUCUCUCUCUCUCUCUCUCUCUCUCUCUCGCUCGCUCUGGCUCUCUCUCCCUCUCUGUUCUUUGUCCCUGUGAGACCAGCUUCGUCAUCAUCACACUUACAACCUAUUUUAUGCAGAGUUUCCAUCUUCAUCUAAAACACUCACAUACACAAAACCUCACAACACUUCAUCAUACAGGCAGGUAAGCUGGUUGCCACUUUGAGGAAACUCUUGAGUUGCAUUUUGUUUAACCCUCUAAAUCUUUUGGAUCGGCUGUAUUUCACUACCGUCAUGCCAUAUAUGAUCAUUUCAGUGAUAUAAGCAUGAAGAUGAGAAAGACAAGAAAGUUUCCAUGCUCUUCUCUGCCCUCUGUCAUCUCCCUCUAUCUCUCGCUGGCUCACUCUCUCUGUCUCUCUUUCUCUACAUAUGGCAGGGGACUCUUUCCCUUCGUAGCUCUGACCUUGUCAGCAGUGAAUAGAUGGCUCUCCCACACAGUUCAUCCUUCCUCACUGCUCGGACCCCAGCCCACACACACACACAGUUACAGACAAACACACGCACAGUCACACACACGCACGGCUUACCAAAAGGCCCCAAGUCCCUAUGACAGAGACAGAGAUGGUGUGUUCCUGGGGUCAACAUCAUUGCUCUUCCCGUAGCUAGGCUGGUACUUUUGGGCUUGCAUGUGCUUGUUUGAGGGUGUGUAAGCAUGUGCGUAUGUGUAUCUUAUGGAAAGGUAAGGAUUUUUUGGUGUAUGUGCGUGUUUAAUGUGUGUUUUCUUGGUCCUCUGAACCCCCCAGUUUGAAUAAGGUAUGUUCACCGAUUUGUGAUGCAUUGUGAUGCAGCAAAACUUGUAACUAGGAAUAUGAUGCUAAACUGCUGCCCAUACGGUUUAUGGGAUACUUUGUUCCAUAAACCCACUCUAAUGUGGUUUUAUAGCUGUUUGAAAUGGUCUGGUGUAAAAAUGCUUGAUUGUUUGCCAUUUUGUUGUUGUGACAUUUUAAAGGGUCAAAGGAUAAGAGAGUGUGAAUGCAACUAAGUGCAGUCUUGCUCUAGGCUGCUGGGAAAUCUGUUUAAGACAUGAAGUACAAGCAUUUCGAGCUGAUUUAUGUUCUCAAGCAAGGCAGUAUCUCAAAUAUAGGACAGUAUGCUUGAUGAGCUAACAGGCUGCUAACUGACUGACAGGCUAUUUCCUUCAAUGCUUGAUUGUCAGGUGAGUUCAUGUAAUUAGAAAGAUUGUGUUUAUCAAGUUUUAACAUUUCUGUUCUGUUGAAAUAUGGUUAAACUUUAUGGGUUUGUGUUAUCUGGUUAUCUGUUGGUUUGUUUGUUUGUUUGUGAGUUCGUUUGUCUGUUAGCAACUUUACGGAGAAAGUAACAGACGGAUUGACCUGAAAUUUUCACCAGAGGUGCGCCUCAGCCCCACGAGGAUCCCAUUAAAUUUUGGUGGUGAUCCGGAAAAAUUCUGGAUACUGUGAUCCAGAACACACAAAAAUAAGGGUGUCAUUGGAAUUUUCAAUGCUGAAAGAUAACCAAUGGGCGGCACAGUGGUGUAGAUAGGCAGCACAGUGGUGUAGUGGUUAGCACUGUCGCCUCACAACCAGAAGGUCCUGGGUCCCGGUCAGGGCAUUUCUUGUUUUAGGAACAUUAUGAACAGUGAACAUACCAGUUUAAACACAAAUAAACAUUAAUAAAAGACACAUAACACUAAAAGUUCUGGUGUGAAUCACAAUAUAAGGGGGGACAUGAGCUGCUUGGCGGAGAUCUGCGCUCUCAUAGUGCUUUUCUAGUUUCAGUUUGUGUUAAAGAGUGACUUUAUUUCUCUCAUUGUAUUCAUCUUUCAUCUCCUUAUUUCCUCACCCAAACCCACACAUGGCACCAACAGCUUUCCCCUCUUCACACAUACUAUAGCUUUAAGGCCCUCACCACCUCUCACAGUUUCUUUUUGCUUUUCUCUAUGUCUCAAUCAUCAGAUCCUGCAAUCAAACACAACCUUUGUUUUGAAAUGGGGUAUCAAAAUAAGUUAUACACACGGACAAGGCUUGUUCAUAAUGCAGAGUCUCACAACAAUCUAGUCAUAUAGUGAAGAGUAACAUCUGCAUGAACCAGCUCAUAAUUUUUAACACAGGGGUGUGACAAAGUUUGGUUUGAGACACCCCACGUCAACAGUUGCAUUAACUUUAGAGACACACUGAAGGACCUCUCGCUGUCACUUUAAACACCUGUAGCAGAGAAUAUGUAAAAAUUGUAAUGAUUUUGGAAAGGAGGUUAAAAUCUGCUGUUAUCCAUUAAUGCCUACAACCCAUGUUAGGAAAAUCAGGGUCUCUACUUGUGCUGAAACAUUUGACAUUUACCUCAUAAGCACUCAUGGUCCAAUGAUGAAACACUUACUAAUUAACCAGUCAGUUAAUUUGUUAUUUUAAGAAAGAGAGGUUUGGCUUAAUAUAGUUGGAGCAAUUUCCCUCUUAUGUCCUUUCUCUCUCCUCCCUCUCUCGGUUGUCCCACUCUUUUAGAGUGGCCUAAAUAGCAAGGGGUGUUAUUAGCAUAUAGAGUAGAUACAGAGUCCUCCAACUCAAAGCUUUGGUCUGGUAAUUAACACACAGGAAAAAGGAUCACUGUGAUUUGAAUAAUUAUUACUGAGCCGUCUGUGGCAAAUUUGAGCCGCAAUUUACAACAAGGGAAGGCUAAGUUUUGCAUGUGUGUAAAUACUGUAUUUAUCAUCAUUGUUCUAUGAAAAAAAAUAUAUAUAUAUUUUGGACAGAUGUAGCAAGAUAAUCACUUCUUCAAUUUUCAUGAAGUGCAGACUUACAACAAAGUAGCGCAGUACUUGACCCAUUGGCGUAUGCAUACGAGGUAGUAAUAACAACCAAGGCAGUAAAAAGGGCAACAUUGGGGAUAUACUGUAUGAUAACCUAAACUGAUGUUUCAAAUCAACUUCAAGUAUUAAGCUUAAAGCUUUAAAUGACUAUUAUUAGUUACUUUACUUAGCAGUCUAAGAAGGUGACCACUUUUGAAUUUUAGUUUCUGUAUCCAUCCAUCCAUCCAUCCAUCCAUCCAUCCAUCCAUCCGUCCGUCAUACCUUAAUGACACUAUAUGAAAGUAUUAUCAAAAUGUAAUGGGAAAAUACAUGACAUGUUAUCAUCUACAUUUUCCUAUGUAUUUUCAACCAUACAGACAUUUUAAUAACUAGGAGAUCAAAAUGCUCAAAGCCAGUCCACAAAGACAUGAACAUAAGCACCCCAUCAUAUUUCAUUGUUCUUACUUAUACUCUCUCUCUCUGUCUCUGUCUCUCUCUCUCUCUCUCUCUCUCUCUCUCUCUCUCUCUCUCUCUCUCUCUCUCUCUCAUUCUCCUUUCAGUGCCCAGGGGUCUUCAACCCUCCAUUCAAGCCAGCCCCCCAUGAGAUGGAACAACUGCUGAGGCAGGUCAAGUACCAGCCCCCCACAAGACUGGCCCCUGGGGGCGGGACUCGUGUCUUGGGCAUGCCCAGCCCAGCAGCCCUGAGUGUCCCUUGGACACGUGAAUCUCCAUGGAUCAAAACUCGUAGAAGCUGCUGCUCUCCCAGGUUUACACUGCCCCCCAUUGCCAGCAAGAAACAGCAGGUAAGAUGUUAAAACUUAAUACCAUGACAUCGAUAAAUGGGCAGAGACAGAAAAACAGCAGUACAAAAGAAAAUCACACAGUAAACAAAGAAUUUAAGGGAAGAAUGAGAUCAAAGAAAGGACUAGAAUACAUGCAAGAGGUGAAAGACAGAUGUAGUUAUUACAAAGUGUCAUACCAAUUAUUAGAGCCCCCCCAUCAACCCUUUCUCAUCCCAGUGGAGUUGGUUCUUGAUGAAAGCAGAGAUCCUUUAAAACUCCUUUUAAAGAAGAAUGACAUCAUUAAAACAUGGCAGACAGCUCUCUUGGGGGCUUCUCUGCGGGGCCAUUUAUUGUCUCCAUUUCAGAGAGCACUUGAGUUUCUGUUUGACAGCGUUGCUACACGUUACUGUCAGAUGUCGGUCCCAUGCACUCAUCUCAUUUGUGUUACUGAUAAUUUAAAUGUAGCUGUACCAGCAAGUAUAAUCUGUGCUUUGAGACAGGGUUCAUUUCCACAUAAACUUUGAUGUAAUUUAUAUUUAUAUAUAUAUUUUUUAAAUUUGAAUUACACAUCUUAAAGCUUCAAUUUGAUAUUUUUCUUGAAUUGAUUUUCAUUAUUUAUUUUUUGUACAUUAAUGGCUAUCAAAUAUUUAACUUGUAUAUUGUAUAUAUUAUAUUACUUGUAUAUACCCCAUAUUACAAGGUCUGUGUAAUGGCCUACUUUGGAUCUGUCCAAAUAUACAGGUACGUAUUUUUGAGACUUGAAAAAACCAUAAUCUUCAACAAGUUCUUCUCAUCCUGCGUGUUUUCUCCCUGCCCCAACUCUCCUUUAAAACAAACUUUGUGAAUGUUCAGUUAAGAACGUGUUUGAUACAAAAAUAUCUCUGGCUGUGGGCUGCAAAUAGAAAAGGACACUCACGAAAAUGGCAGGAUCUCAAGUUACAGAAAUUGUCUGAAGUGCAUCAUGAAAUAUUCCUCUUUACAAUAUAUUGAUGACAUCAAAGAAAUUCAUACAUUGAGCUUUAAAGGUACAGGUUGUGAUAUUAAGUGGCAUUAAUCAGAACGUAUUGUAGAACAUACUGUGGAAACUGUAAAAACCAUAUAUAAAAUCCAAAAGUAUGUCUAGAUUAUUUUGAAGUCACCUUAAUAAAAAAAAAAAUCAUUUGUGAACUGAAACUAAGACUUUUGUGAUAAAAGGAGUCCAUUUCCACAGCUUUGCAGCGCCAUGUUUCUGCAGUUGCACCAAGCAGACAAUCUAGAAAAGGCCAUGUGCGUGUUUUUUUUUUUUUUUUUAGUAUUUAGUUCAGACCACCAGAAGUGCACUGGUUGGAAGAUGAAGAGGAGGAAGAAGAGUGAGAAGAAGAGUGGUUUCUGUUAUAAAAAAAAGAAAUUUUAUGAUAGUUAUGUAUGAUAGUUUGAAUUUGACAAAUGGAUGAUUAUGCAAGUUUCUUUUCCUCAAAGUCCACCAUCACUUCUGAAACUUCAUUAACAGGAGGGGUGAACCAGGAUGGGUUCCAAUCUGAACCUGGCUGCUUGCCAUUAGAUGCAGACCAAUCAUCUGCCUCGGGCAAUUAUGGGGCCAAUAUUCAGCAUUUGGAUGAUUAUCUGUAUCAGCCAUUUCUUUUACAGAAGACUCUGGGUCUCUGGUCCUGUUCUCUUCUACCACUUUGUUUCACCUAACCACUUUGUCAUGCCAGUUAAACAAUUGCUUUUGUUUAAGAAACUGUCUUAACUUUCUUCAAAUCGUCGGAGUUCAGCUGUGUAUUUGUGCAUGCAAACUUCGACUUCUAGGAAUCUUUGCAUUCAUUUGUGCUUGUGUAUGUUGAUGAUUUCACGAGGAGCCAUUUCACCAUUUGUGUUAUUUACGCUCUGUAGCUCUUUAUGGCAAAGUGCUUUCCCUAUUAUUAGUCUCAAGUAAUGUAAAACAUAAGUGAGCAGAAAUGAGGCGUGGAUCCGUCUCAUUUUAUUAGCUGCACUUCACACACAUGCACAGACGCACUCACACACAGACCCGUCUCCAGCUGGCUAUAGUUCGGAUGAGUUCAUUAAUGGUGUUAGAGAGGUCUCUUGGUGCUAACAUGAAGGAGAAUGCAUUAUUUAUCUUUAUUUAACACAAACCUGUCUAUCUCUGCCCUAUCUCUUGGUGUAUCUCUAUUAAUUUCAUGUCUAUGCGUGUAUAUGUGAUUGUGUGGUUAGUGCAGGGAGUUCCCUUUUUUUCUUUUGCUCUCAGCCCAACACCCCACACCCCUCCCGCCCUGGUGUGAUAACUAUCUAGUGGUGAUGGAUAAGGUUGAGGUGCUGGCUGUGGAAGUGGUCAGGCCAGGCCACCGAUCCCAUGGUGAUAGGAGCAAGGACAGGGUCCCUGUCCCUCCCUCUAUAUCUCCCCUUUUAUCCUCCCUCCUUUUUUUUAACACCAAACAACAACUGAAGGUCACCUCAAACAAAGCAACAACAUUUAAGUUAAUCUGCACUGCACUAAUGUUACACUCUGCAGAAAUUACACCAAACACUUAAACAAGUUCUAUUGUUCUGCACGUUAGGAUGAUGCAGAUCAUUUAUCUACUUAAAAUAUAUCAAAGUUAAAUAUAAAUCUACCAUUUUAUGGCAAAUGGAGCAUUUCUACAGUUGAUAUAAAGGGUAAACUAUCAUAAUAUGUGGAUGAAACAUGAAUAGAAAUGUUUGACCCUCAAAACACCAAAAUUACAUCCGUAGUUUUGAAAUCAGAAAAAUUGUGUAGCCCUUGUAAAUGCAUUGGAAGGUUAAUAUUUAAUCAACCAAAAAGAUAGCUAUUGUGCUGGAAAUAUAUCUUUAUUUUAUUUCCUUUUUCUGCAUUUCCUUGUUGAGACAGUAACCACCUUCUUUCAAAUAUCUCCUUUCUGAGCAUGCGAAAAUGUCUAAAGGGGGUUUUAGGGGCAAAGAAAGGUCAGAUGGGAACUUGUUGCUAAAAGCGACUUUUCUUUGUCUUUUCAACUUUGAUUUGUCAGUAGACAUCAGAAACCUUGCACUCCAGGGAAAGAGCUUCAAUGACAAGAUGAUCUACAAUGAUCAAAAGUGACAGACAGCUGUUUAAAGUUAAACCGACUUGUAAGUUUUGAGGCUUAAAAAGUAUGUCUUUCUGACACUUUAACGGGGGUUUGAAGAGAAGGAAAUAGAUGUUGUUGUUUUUUUUGUUUUUUUUUAUUCCAGUGAAGACACUCAGCCAACAAUCAUAUGAACCUGCUUCAGGCCAAAACUGUGAAGAAUUAUUCUGGUGCAGCAUAUGCCUCUUUUGUUUGGAGCUUUAAGGGAUGAUUUUAUUCAAGAUGGGUUGUAAGAGGUACUCUAUGCCAAACUUAAAAUGUUAAGAGAGCUUUGUUUACAUUUGAUAACAGUCAUUAUGGCUUCUGUGAAGACAGAAGGCAGGCCCAAAUUCCUCUAUUCAAGCUUUACUAUAACUGAGAACAUUUACCACUUGAAAGGGUUUAAAAUUAAAAAGACAUUGCAGUCAAAGUGAUUUUUUUUCACUGUUGCAUAUGAUGUAAGAGAGCCCUUUAACUUGGUACUAUGUCGUAAUCUGCACAGUGGCUGUGUGCACCUGUGUGCAUCUCACAUUAGCAGAACAGUUGUGUCAAUGAUCUGAAAAUGAGACAACAUUUAAAAGAAAAACAUUUUAGGGAAACCAUGAAAUACUGUUCAUGGUGGAGAUAAGAAGGUAUUCAAAGGGAAGUGCAGCAUUAGGCCAAAUGUCCGCUGUUUAAAUCAGACAGUGCUGUGAAAAUCACAGAUUGAAACCUAACUUCAGGGUGGUUAUCGCUCAUUUUUCCAUACUCCAAAACUUCUUCAAAUUUCACCAAGUUUUCCUGGCCAUUUACGGCAGGUAUGCCUCAAGUGAACUGCCUGGGUUUGCUUCUGACCCGUGGCUCUUUUCCUUUCUCGCUCCCUUGCUCUCUCCUCAUUUCCUGCUCUGCCCACAGUCCUGAGCUCUAAAGGCAAAAAGCCCAGAAAUAAAUCUUUGGGGGAAAAAAUCCCCAAGUUUUCGAGGGUGUCUCGAUGGGAGAGCAGAUAUGGAAUAUACUUUGUGGACAACAAUUGUAAAACAAAAAUUUAUAAAUUAUUGGCUGGCAUGACUAUGAAGCAUAGUAUUACAUGAGCAGGUGUUAAUACAGCCUGAUUAAACCACAAGUAUGGUCCAGACCCACGCUUAGAGUGUUCAUGUUUAUCGUGUUUUUUGUGUCUCCUCUCCCCUCUUCGUGUAUCCUGUUCUUUAACCCAGACAUGUAUUGUUUUACUCCACUUCCUCUUCUUCUUGCAUAAUUUUCCUUUCUCUUUUGGCCUUUGUGUCACAGAAAGAGAGAUGGAGAGGAUUGUCCUCUGGUUUUUAGCAGUAAGCCAUCACUACCAGUGGGAGAGGGACCAGAGACAGAGAGAGGCAGGGGUCUGAAACAGAAAGAUACAGUGAUCAUCAUCUAAUUCUUCAGUGUGUGUGUUUCUGUCUGUGUAUGUGUGCUGCUGGUUGUGGUUUUAACAGGGUCUGCUCAGAGAGCCAGGGGAGGUGUGGGAGCAGCAUGUGAAUUGCCCUGACCUGACACUACGUCUGCAGACCUCUUACACACACCUGGAGGAGGCCCAGAACCAUCUUCAACAACUUCAGCCUGCAAAAUUUUACAGGAGAACAAUGUGAGAGGAAACCACAGACUCAUUAUACACACAAAACAUGACUACACACUCACACAUUUUGCUACAAGAGCAUUUUCAUAAACAGUCAUAUUAACAUAAAUCAAAAAUGUUUUUAAAAGGGUUUCUCAAAUAUGUGUUUUUCAGUCCAUUCGUGUGAUUAGAUACAAAUGAAACCUUUAUAAGUGUGGUCACAGACACAAAGUUUGCAUUCAACAAAGCCAUGUAAUGUUGAAUAGGAAUGGAGACAUCCUUUUCAUGAAAAGUAAUGGGUCUUUGCUUGGUGAUUAUUUUAAUACAUUUUCAUACUGGCUUUAUUAAAAAUAGUCACUCCCUGCUUUAUUUAAAGGCUUGUUUCAGUUUUAAUUAGGGAUCCUUGUGUGUGUGCUAGAGAAUAUGUGUGUGUCUUUGCUAAAACACUUGACUAUAACCUCAUUACCACUUGCAGGCUAAUCUACUCAGUUGUGUGAGUGCGUGUGAAGUAGUGUUAUUAACCCUCUGUUUGAUCUGUCUCACUCAAUAAUUUCCCUGACUACAGUACAAAAGACCACCCACUUUUUCCCUCUCAAUCCAACCUUCUUCUGUCCUUUGUUUCACUGCAAUCAAACCACUAAAUACAGACUUUUCUGUCUUUUUAACCAGGCAGUUUGAUGGCAUAUUUUGUGUUUGGUUCUUCUUCUGUAUUAAGGAUUCAUGUUUUGCACACAGUGAUAUUUUGUUAAGAUAUGAGUGAGUUGACUUGCCUCUUUUAUGUCAUUUAAAUUUGUUGUAUUUUUGUCCAAGCAGAAGAACAGGAAAUAUGCUCCACAACCAGGGCCUCAACAGUGAUGCCUUUACCAAGACAGCCUAUGCAAAGAAAUUCAUACUGUAG